AUGGCUGCCCACACUCCGUGGGACACUGCAGGGCAAGAAAGAUUUAGGGCCCUCACUUGCAGCUACUAUCGUGGGGCACACGGUGUUAUGGUGGUUUAUGAUGUAACAGACCAAGAGAGUUUCGAUAAUGUGAAGAUGUGGGUGAAAGAAGUUUAUUCCACGGCUGGUAAGAAUGUCAACAUAUAUCUACUAGGAAACAAGUCUGAUCUCACGGCAGAUAGAGUAGUGUCAUAUAAAACAGCCAAGGCAUUAGCUGAUGAAAUUGGGGCACCUUUAAUGGAAAUCAGUGCAAAAGAUGGAAGUAACGUCCAACAGGCUUUCAUAGCCAUGGCUACUGCAGUCAAGGAGAGGGUGGUGAAGGAACGAGCCACGGACAAUGGCAGAGACUCAGGAGUAAAACCCAGAGGAAAGCCCAUUUCACAGAGCCGUAGCUGCUGCGGAUCUUAA